CGACAAUCAUGGCUGACGACGAAAAUUACUCAUUGAAAAUAGAAGCAAAGGAAGUCAUUAAAGAAAUAGCAUAUGCCGUAAAACACGUCUCAUUAUCAGCUAAAUUAGAAAGUACGAAUGAAAGAGUUUUCUUCAAUUUAGAGACCAAAGAAUGUGAACGAUAUUGCGUUGAACUGUCUCUAAAUGGCUUUAGGCUUGCUAGUCGUCAGUAUGACUCGAUAGAUGAUGGGAGUGGGGCAAGGUACUUCGAGACAAUUUAUGCCCUGCUGGACUCGAUCAGUCUCGGCUACAGGAACACAUUCGGUGACACCCUCAUACAGCGAUUGCAGGGCCUGGAGAAUCGGAAAUCGCCUUCCCUUGGAGAGGACUCCUGACAGAGAUGGUGUUCAGUGUUCUUGCUGCAUAAGUGUAUAAUGGAAGGCCAUCACAUCAUGUGUUAGACGAUAAUGACACCAUUGUUCAUAAAGAUUGAAGAGCUAAAUAAUGGCUGAUCAUAGUAUGUUAUGAGGACAUUAGUUACUAGCCACCAUCAGAAACAGUGAUAGUGUGUAAACAUUUUUCGUCACACGUAACUAGUUUUUAGAUUGAUAUUUAAUUAACCAAAUAUUGUGUUCAUAAUGUGUAUUCUUUGCUUGCUGUUUAAUUAUUUAACAGUUCAAUAUUAACUUCAUUAUUUGUAUAAAGUUUAUAUGAUUUAACUGCCUCAAAGAAAACUCUGUUUGCAUAAUGUUUAAAGAACAAGUGCCUUUUAAUAGUUUUGCAUUUAAUUUAUGAAGUGCACAUUAGGUUUCUGUUGUCAUCAAAAUGGGGUCUUGAAAAUGCAAAAUCUAAUUUUUUAUGCAUUUUUUUUUGCACCCCUUCAAGGUCAAUGUACAAGAUCAAAGAUUUGAGCGUCUGCCCCAUAACUGGAGAAGGGGCUCAACUGCUGAUGUUAGGUGCUGAAGAAUGAUUUCCAAAAAAUGAAGAAUUUCUAAAAUUCAAAAUAGCUUGGCUCAAAUGUCCAGCUAAUCAAAUCACCUUCAACAUUCAAGGUCACUCAUAGGGUUCAAACAUAAAAAAAAAUCAUACCCGCUCCAUAGCUCCUCAAUGGAUACAAGGAUUUGGACAAUCCUUGGCAAAUUGUUUAAGCAAAUUACACUUAAGUCAAGAUGACCAUACAUCUUAAUCAUGAAAGGACUUAAAAGUUAUUUAGUACAAAUAUUCAGGUGUGACAUUAUAAUAAACAAACACUUCUCUUAUACUCACCACAUUGAAGUCACUGUACAAAGUGGAGGAUUUCUGCAUUGCAUUUGUGCCUGCCUCCAUAUUUCCUACAUUCAUGGAAGGAUUUUUAUGAAUUUUGCCAGUGACUUGUUAAACAACUGUCAUAAUACCAUACAAAGGUACAUUAAACAUAUUCAUUUUUAUAAUCUAAUAUUAUUGAGGAAAUACCAUGUUUUGUGUAAAAUGAUUAUCAUGACUGCAGUAACAUUCAUUUUGUUUCUAUUUAAUAUUGCAAUGUUGCUCGAAGAUUACAUUUUUGCUUGUAUUUCAGGCAUUUACAAUUGUGCUAACUGCUGUGAUCUGUGUACUUGCUGUUUUUACAUGAUAGUAUAAUAAUUUUUUAAGUAUUUAUAUAUAUUUGUAGUUGUUAAAGUACCAUAUUUAAGACUUACAUUUUUCUGCAUUAUGAUUUUGCAUGCUAUGUGUACCUGCUGAAUUAGUUACACGUGUACGUAUAGUAAUUUUACAAUGUAAUAAAAUCUAAUAUUCA